CUGGGACCUUGCCAGAGCCUGUGGGGUAACAAGAGCCAGAUCUUACAGCCUUGCAGUCGACGUGUUGGACGCAAAGCUCGCCCGGGUGGUAGUAUUCUAGGUGCCACUGGCCAUCAUGUCGACCUUCAAUGGCCUCGUCAAGGAAUUUCCGAGUAUUAGGAUCGACUACUUCAGGCAUCAUCCGGGAAGGCCGCCGCCUGCUGCGUAUUUUCUCAGCCAUGUCCAUAGCGAUCACUUACUUGGGUUGGAGUCGGUCAAAAUGCCUUUUGUAUAUUGCUCGGCUACAACCAAGCGUAUCCUGCUUAAUAUGGAAAAAUAUCCCCAUCGCAUCAACUUUGCAAAAGGCAUCCUUGAAGCCCGCAAACAACACUAUCGGCACCUGAAGACAGUCCUCAGACCGCUGCCGAUGAACACGGCCACGGCACUCGAGCUUGGCCCAAAACUUACCAUUCGGGUGACGUUGCUGGAUGCGAACCAUUGUCCUGGCGCCGUCAUGUUCUUGAUUGAAGAUGAUGGCAAAGCCAUUCUUUACACUGGAGAUAUUAGGGCUGAAUUGUGGUGGGUGAACUCGAUUGUGCAAAACCCCGUCUUACUACCCUAUGCUUGCGGCUUGAGGUAUCUUGACUGUCUCUAUCUCGAUACCACGUUUGCCAUUCGUGACGAGCCAUAUAGCGAGUUCCCGACAAAAGCUGAAGGGUUGAAAGAGCUUCUUGAGAAAGUGGUGCAAUGUCCCCCAGACACGAUAUUCUACUUUAGAGCGUGGACUCUGGGCUACGAAAAUGUUUGGGUCGCUCUAUCCAACAUUCUGCAAUCCCGUGUCCAUGUAGAUGAAUAUCAGCUCCGGAUAUUUGCCAAUGGAGUCGAUACCGGCAGUAACGACUACGGGGCGCUGACGGGCUUCGCCGUUGGCAACACUCAUCUUCCAGGUUGUCUCAGUCUGGAUACCGCUGCAAGGAUUCAUAGCUGUGAACCUGGGUUGAAGUGUCACUCUGAAAUCAAACAGAUGAAGAACAUCAGGUGGAUAACUCCUAUCAUUUCGAGACUCAAAGAUGGAACCGAGAUCAGGGAGCUUGGGGCCGGCGGAGGCGCAAGAGACCUCUAUCCCACGUCUGAAUUGAAGGUGGAGGAUCACGCAUCUGUCCAGCAGCUUAUGAACCUCUUUGCAUCUUCUAUGGACGACACCGCAUCGGUAUCGAACGUGUUUCGACCGCUUGGCCAUUUCGGGGCGAGAGGAGAUUUGUGCCUUGCCAUGGAAGCACCAGACGAAUUGGGACUUGACCAGAAUGGCCAUAUACAACUGAAGGAUUUGGUGCCCUUCCUUGCGAAGAGAUACGGGAAGACAGAUGCUUCACGUCCAGGGCAGAGGCAUUCUGAUCAAGAGUCAAGACCUCAGACCGGCAACGAUACCAUACACUUUCCUUAUUCUCGCCACUCCUCAUAUAACGAGCUCCGUGAUUUUGUUGAGCGGUUCCGACCUAGGGAUAUCUGCCCCUGCACAGUCUGCCCGGAGACUUGGACCGAGGAACUUAGCAUGCAGGCACUUUUCGGAGACCUUUGUUCAGAGCAAACAUUCUACUUUGACCAAGAGACGCGGGAAGUAGUUGAAAAAUUGAGGGAAGGGGAGGGGCUUAGGAGUGCCAGUGGUAAAAGGAAACGAGGAGAUGAUGAUACUCAGAAGACGGAAUCCCAGGAGACCAACCACGACGAUCUUAUGAGUGGGGAAGAGGAAAUGGAGAUCCUGAGAUCUUCCAAGAAGCGUGCUGAGUUCGGAGAUGCAGAGGCAGAUCCACAGAGGCGCAACCAAAAGGCGUGUAGCCUAGGCCCCAACGGUGUCUCUCAAGCCUAUCCAGCAUUCCACCGACGCCGGGGGAGCGAUGACUGGGACCUAUUCGAGGACGACACUAGUGAUAACCCAUUCUUUCCUUCGGUCUUCGACAGUCAACCAGGAGACCUACUUGCCUCGUCUGAUGAAGACGUCGAAGAGCGGCCGUCGCGGCUCUCAGCGGCUCAGCCAGAAUGUCAAGGCUCACGUAGGGCAGAAAGCCAGCCCCUCGAGGCAAAAGAAAGGCUGAUCCGGAGGCAAGAGAGGAUCUGGGCAUACAAGGCUGCAACACGGUGUCUGGCACACAAUGAUAGCUCGGACUGGGAUGCAAUACCACUAAGAAGCGUGGGCCACAUUGGACAUGACGUUGAGGAGGAUGAGCUGUAA